AUGGACUUGCACACGUCGGCCUACGACAGUCUAGCUCUGCCCGCCAUCGGGCUGCGCUCGAGCUCCAUCAACUCGUCUCACUCUUUCCACUCUCACCAAGCACACGGCCAGGCUUCGCCCCCAUCGUCGCCUUACACGGGCAGCGACGAGCCCGACGACUACGAGGUCAAGAGCACGACUAGAAUACACAAGAUGCGCUCCAAGCGCGACUCAGCAAAGUACCAGCGGCAGCAAGACUACCUGCACGACCGCUCCCUCCUCGAAGUGAUGGACAGCGAGCGCUGUGACCGCUGCCAUCGCAACGGCUGGCGCUGCUUCAUCGAAGCGGACGCGGACAGCCCGCGCCGUGUCUGCCGCCCCUGCGGCAAGAACAAGUGCUCGUUCGGCAACACGACCGUGCGCCCCGCGACCAAGUCGCCGCGCUGGGAGGGCACGCCGCGCGUCGAGCACGACAAGCCGAAGCGGUACGAGCCGUACACGGUCGCGCCGCGCGCCGAGCCCCUCCCGGGCGUCGCGGCGCUCACGGCGUGGCAGCCGCUCACGCCUCCGACGGAGCGCGAAGGCAGCCUCGAGCUGCUUGCCGAGGCGGCGCAUCGCGCGCGCACCACCCCGCUGCCGGAGGAGCGGGGUCGCGAGCGGCCCCGUAAGCCGUCGUACGACGCGCUGCCAUUCUCGCCGCACGACGUCGAGAAUGACCACCGUUUCCUCGAGCUCGCCCGGCACUACGCGCACUACGUCCUCCCGGGAAACCGCUACAACGUCCUCGCGCACCUGUACAAAAGCAGCCAGCCACUGCCGGCGUACCACUAGCACCUCGCGAGCAGUCGCGUAUUUUGGACCUGUGUGUAUUUUUUUGGCCGGAUGGACGUGUAUCGUGG